CAUUCCGGCGGUAUUCGUUGAGCUUCUAGAGAAACGCUUGGUUUCCAUAUGUACCUUUCCUUUCCUGGUCUUCAUAUUGGCAUCUUAAACCCACCAUUUCCUCCACAUCUUGCUCCCCGUUGUCUCUCGCACACUCUCUAUCUCCUCAGCGUCUCUCUCCCUCUCUCUCUGAUAUCCGAUCGCGAUGGCAACUGAGAAGAAGAUCAAGAUCGGCAUCAACGGGUUUGGAAGGAUCGGGCGUUUGGUCGCCAGGGUUGCGCUCCAGAGCAGUGAUAUUGAGCUUGUGGCCGUCAAUGAUCCGUUCAUCAGCACUGACUACAUGACGUACAUGUUUAAGUAUGAUACUGUGCAUGGAAAGUGGAAGCACCACGAUAUCAAGGUCAAGGACUCGAAGACCCUUCUCUUUGGCGAGAAGCAAGUCGCUGUCUUUGGCAUUAGAAACCCUGAGGAGAUCCCAUGGGGUGAAACUGGUGCAGAGUAUGUUGUGGAGUCCACUGGUGUCUUUACUGACAAGGAGAAGGCUUCUGCUCACCUGAAGGGUGGUGCCAAGAAGGUCGUCAUCUCUGCUCCUAGCAAAGAUGCUCCUAUGUUUGUGGUGGGUGUGAACGAGCAUGAAUACAAGUCCGACAUUAAUAUUGUCUCCAAUGCUAGCUGCACCACAAACUGUUUAGCUCCUCUGGCCAAGGUCAUCCAUGAUAAAUUUGGCAUCAUUGAGGGUUUGAUGACCACAGUGCAUUCUAUCACCGCUACUCAGAAGACCGUUGAUGGGCCAUCCAGCAAGGACUGGAGGGGUGGACGAGCUGCCAGCUUCAACAUCAUUCCUAGCAGCACUGGUGCUGCCAAGGCUGUUGGCAAAGUGCUUCCUGCCUUGAAUGGAAAGUUGACCGGCAUGGCUUUUCGUGUUCCAACCGUGGAUGUGUCUGUCGUGGAUCUCACUGUCAGGAUCGAGAAGUCAGCCACGUAUGCGGACAUUAAGGCUGCUAUCAAGGAAGAGUCUGAGGGAAGGCUCAAGGGUAUCAUGGGCUAUACUGAAGAGGACUUGGUGUCCACCGACUUCAUUGGCGACAACAGGUCAAGCAUUUUCGAUGCCAAGGCUGGAAUCGCUCUGAAUGAUCACUUCGUCAAGUUGGUGGCUUGGUACGACAAUGAAUGGGGCUACAGCUCCCGUGUUGUUGACCUGAUCCGGACAAUGGACAGCAAGAAGUAGAAUGCUUGCCCUGGCGUUGAUGUGUUGAUGUUGGUGGUCUGUAGGUGUUCGGUGAUGUGUCUUAAGAAUAAAUGUUUGGUGGCGUGUUGUAAGAGUUUCUCUCUUUCAGUCUUUCUCUAGUACCGUACUUGGGCGUCAGGUGUGCCCCCAUUUUGCUUGAGAUGUGUUAAAACUCAGCUUAAUAUGAAGCGGAAAACUAUGUUUAAAUUUUAUUAAAAUUUUGCUUUGGCAUUCUCA